AUGAUUUUGGUCUUUUUGUUAUUAUUAUGCAGUGCAUUCGAUAUUAAUGCUAUCUAUGAAGACCAAGUCAACGUUCUUGACUGGCUGCAAAAGUACACGGGAAAAGUAAAAUACUCUAGAAUAAAAUUCGACGGAGCUUCCCCAAAAGGCUAUUACGUGGGUUCUGAACUGAAUGUGAUAAGUUCAAUAAGCUUAAAAGACGGAUCAGUUGUCUGGAGACAGGUUUUGGAAGAGGGUGGCUCUUUGACAGCGUUUGAAUUAUGUGAUAACAGAUUGUUUUCAAUUUCCUCCAAACACGGGACAAAAUUACGUGCUUGGGAUGCGAGGACCGGUAGUGUUUUGUGGGAAGCCCUAAUUGAUUCAUCUGAGUCAUACAGUGGGGGCAUUUGGUGUGACGGGCACUCAGACGCGUUGGUUGUGGGAUAUGACAGUGGAAUAGAUAUUUAUCGUCUCCGAUCUGGUGAAAAGUUGUCGUCUGAAAGAACCAAGAAUCCUGAUGUUGUGGGUCAAAUAAAUACAUAUUCCAGAAGAGUCGAAUCCAAUGUAUCGAUUUCCAUAUUUGAAGAACAUUAUCGUGGAGAUGAACACACUAGUGACGCUAAAGCGUUAUCCUACGUCAUCGCUAAGACAUUUUUGCUCUCGAAUUCCGGGUCGUACUUAACAUCUGUGGUUACAAAGAACUACACAGUUUACUCACCUAAAUAUAAUCAAAACUCAUGUCAUAUACAUCGAAAAUUCAAUGACAAAACGUCUGAUGACAGAAAUGUCCUUGUUUGUCUAGCUUCUGAGCAUGACAGUAAGAGAAAUGUGCUUCGAUUUUCAUCCAUUUCACCUUCGUCGUCAUCUAUAACUUGGAAUGUUGUUACAGUAAACAAUGCAUCACCACGUAUGGUUAGACUGACAGAUGAAUAUUUUCUGUUAACCUCUACCUCAUUGGAAUCAGCUGCCGGAACUGUAUAUUAUGUUGAUUCCUCUGGUACUCCAGUUGCAAAAUAUUCUGUCAGCAAUGCUAUGGUUGGAUGUUUGGGGACGUUGAACGGUCGAUCCUACUUAUUUACACUACAUCAUAAUUCAAAUCAGGACUUCAAAAAUCUAGCUCUUAGCGUCUAUGAUCUGGAAUCUGGUGAGUUAUCCAAACAGCUUGCACCGCGCCAAUUCACACUUGCUGGUCACCAUGGUGCUGUUGAAUCGAUGUCUGUCAUCAUGUUCACUGAUGCUUCAGGAGAGCCAAGUUUUCGUUUACUAUUGUACACAGAAGACAACGCUGUGCAACUGAUCAGACAAAAUGGUAAACAACAAUGGAUUCGAGAGGAAGCAUUAGCCAAUAUCGUUGCUGUAGAAGUAAUCGAUUUACCAGUAUCAGAGUUUCAGGCUAAAAUUGAAGAAGAAUUCAGUCAUACUAGCAAUAACAUCAUAGAAAUGUUUGUUCGUCGACUGAAAACACAAAUGUCUCAGUUAUUUGUAUGGGUAAAACACUGCAUGACCAACCUGCUUCAUUUACUCACAACUCUAACAUCUUCAACAAACUUAUCUGAUUCACUUUUGAAACGUUCAACUGAUGAUAUACACAGUCGUAAAUAUCCUUCGAAUGAUUUAACAUCAUCAGAUAAUUAUCCUAAUAGUCUGCCUCCUAGAUGGCAGUUUUCAUCAGAUGCUGCACUUCAGGCCAGUAAUUACACAGAUGAGGAUAAUAAUAAUAACAAUCAUAAGACAAAAUCGCAUAAAUCAACUUCAGUUAAUCCUAAAAUGACAUGGGAUGAAAUGUUAACACGUGACAAUUUCAAUGUACAUAAAAUGUUGGUUGUAGCAACUUCUGUUGGCAAGCUUUUUGGAUUAGAGAGUGAACGUGGUCGUGUUGUUUGGGAUUAUUUUGUUCCAUCUGCAGCACUCUUAGCCAAUGGAAAACUUGCUCUCUUUCAGCAACGUAAUUUAGCUCAUUUUCCUCUGCCUCCAGUCAUGUCAUUGCUAUUUAGAUCAAAGACUACAAAUCUACCAGUGGUUUUCUCAUUCAAUCCAAUCACUGGUGUUCCUUCACGAGAGACAGACAUGAAUAUGUAUUCAAUGAAGUCAGAUAUUAUCCAAGCUGUCUUACAGCCUGGUCCAGUAAGCGAAAAAUGCAAAUUUAUUCGGCCUUUGUUGUUUUUGAAGACUGAUUUGGAGGUUGAAGUUUUUCCAUCCCAUUGUGUUCCUGCAUUCGCUUCAUCCGAUUCAACUCCUUUACAUAUAUACACUGUUGAAAGUCAAGAAGCCCGCCUCUCUGGUUAUCGUGUACUUCUUAAGUCUCCAAAUAGUAAUUCAUUACGAGCUGUGCGUACUUGGCGAAUACAGUUGAGUUCAGAUUCCAGUUCAGAAAAUAAGCAGUUUAUUGUCUCUGCAGCUGCACGUCCAUCUUCUGAACAUAUUUAUUUAGUUGGACGGGUUUUAGGCGAUCGAAGUGUUCUCUACAAAUAUUUAAAUCCUAAUCUCAUUGCAGUUGUUACUACUGGUGGACAUGUCAGUAAUCAUACUAAUACAGUAAUGAUCUAUCUGAUUGAUGUAGUUGUUGGUCGAAUACUAUAUAGUGCUGUGCAUCGUCGAUGUUCUGAGCCUGUCAGCUUAGUGCAUUCUGAAAACUGGAUAGUUUACACUUAUUACAAUCACAAAUCGUUACGUAAUGAAGUGACAGUUAUAGAGUUAUACGAGCCGACAAAACUAUCCGGAGAAUUAUGUGCUAGUCAUUCAAUUCCAAGUCCUGGACAAUUAUUCCUCAGCAAUCUUAUUCCUUCGUGGUUGUCUACUUCAAGUUCAAAAAGUGAUUCAAAAUCAGUUAGUUCACGUUUCUCCUCUCUAUUCCGUGCUAGUGAUGUUGAUGGAUUUUGUGGUUCAACAGGAGAGAAUUCUCUAGUUCCUCAGGUUUUUCAACAAUCCUACAUACUCAGUACUCCACCACGUGGUGGUGCAGCAGCUGUUUCUAUUACUGAUAGAGGAAUAACAUCUAAAAAUAUAAUUUUUGCUUUACAGAAGAACAGUCUCAUUGAACUUCCAAAAUCCUUUUUUGAUCCCCGUCGCAGUUUAGAUAUGACACCUGAAUUGAUGGAAGAAGGUGUUCAUCCAUAUGCUCCUGUACUUCCACUUUCUGAUCAAGCUAUGAUUUCUUAUAAUCAAUCAGUAAUGCGUAUUCGAGCUAUACGAACAGCGCCUACAGGUCUUGAGUCUACUGGUUUAGUAUUUGCGUAUGGAUUAGAUGUAUUUUUCACUAGAAUAUCUCCAUCACAGACAUAUGAUUUACUCAAAGAAGACUUUGAUUAUACUGCUAUAGCUACAGUUACAUUAGGUAUGAUAGUCGCUUCCAUUGUAUCCUGUCGUCUUGCCAACAGGCGAUUAGUAUUCAGAGCAUGGGCUUGA